AUGGAUCGACCAGUGUGGUUUGAGGGGGUGAGCCGGCAGAUGAUACAGCAAAGCCUCGAGCAUGACAAGAAAGAACGGCAACAGAUGAAACUCUGGAGUUCUUGCGUACAAACAGAACCUGGUGCGAUGCAUAAGAUUUGGCCACAACUCAAUUAUAAUGCCGAUACAUAUCAUGCCAUGCAGGAAUAUGAUGACAUUUUGACCGCUGCGGGGGUAGUAGUACGUCCUAGCAUUCUUAUCCAGCUUAUGAUCCUCGAUAGUGAUGGGUAUAAAAUGACCGAUUGGUUUGUUGAGCGGGCGACCGUUGUCGAUGAUUCGACCGGUUCUUUCGGCUCGGAGCGGCUUUCGGAGACAGAGAUCAGAAAACAGCUUUAUAUGUUCGGUUAA